CAUGAAGUUGUGGGAGUGGUCACCGAGGUUGGUCCCGGUGCCAAGAAGUUUAAGGUUGGCGAUCACGUUGGUGUGGGAUGCAUGGUGUUUUCCUGCCUAAAGUGCGACCACUGCAAGCACGGAGACGAGCAGUACUGCGAUCAACUUAUCUGGACGUAUAACAGUCUGGAAGACGGGAAGAUCACUUUCGGAGGCUACUCGGGAUUCAUGGUGACAGACGAGAAAUUUGUGUGCCGUGUUCCAAACAAUCUUCCUUUGGACGCUUCGGCACCCUUGCUGUGUGCUGGGAUCACCGUCUACAGUCCCAUGAAGCACUUUGGCAUGACGCAGCCUGGGAAGAACUUUGGCGUCGUCGGCCUCGGUGGUCUGGGUCAUAUGGCCGUCAAGUUUGGCAAGGCCUUUGGGAUGAAAGUCACAGUUAUCAGCACCUCUCCAAACAAGGAGAAGGAAGCCCGGGAAGUUCUGGGUGCUCAUAACUUCAUUGUCAGCCGGGACGCAGCUCAAAUGAAGAAAGCUGCGGAGACAAUGGACUACAUCCUCGAUACGGUGUCUGCGCCGCAUCCCCUGGAUGCCUUGCUCGAGCUUCUAAAGAUCGAUGGAAAGCUCGUCAUGGUGGGAUUACCAGACAAGCCCCUUGAUCUUCCGGCAGGAGUCAUUAUCUUUGGUCGUCGAACGCUUGCCGGUAGCUUCAUCGGAUCAAUCAAAGAGACGCAGGACAUGCUGGAUUUCUGCGGCAAGAACAAUGUCACGUCCAUGAUCGAGCUCGUCCCCAUGGACUACGUCAACAAAGCUAUGGAACGCCUCCGCAAAUCGGAUGUGAAGUAUCGUUUCGUGUUGGACGUGGAAAAGACUUUGAAAUAGAGAGAGAGGGAAAGAAGAAAUUCCAUUCAGUAUAAACAAACAUAUGCCAA